UUGAAAAUGAAUAUGGUUUUGUUAUUCAUUGGCCUGAAAAAGGUUGCUAUAGCAAUAAUCCCUCCAAAAAAAAAAGAAAUCUGGUGAAUCUUCACAGAUAUCUUACAGAAUUGACGAACGCUCAUUUCUGCUUAAUGGAUGCACAAGAACUUGCGACCUUUGACUUUGAACACCUGGACAGAUAUAUUAGGAAUGAUGAUGAGGAGACCGAGAACGAUAAUAUCUGUAGUCUUAAAUUCGACAAUAGAGACUCUAGAGAAGAUGAGUUAUCUCUGCCCUCGAACCUUCCUCCUGCCAUGUCAAUAGAGUCAUGCUGUAACCAAUCAUUUAUCACCAGCUAUGUGGUUGAAACCAAGGAAACACAUAAGCCGAGUGGGCAUUCUAGCGUAUCCCUUAAUGAAAUAAGAAAUUAUAAUCUGAGAAUAGACUCGUUCGUUCCUUUAGCAGAGUUGAUAGAUUUGGCUGAGUUUUUGUCUAUAGAAAGCGAUCUAAUCAAAACAUAUAAAUAUGAAAUGGAGAUGACUCGUAAAGAUCACGAGAAAGAAAAGGAAGAUAUCGAUGAUAUUAUUAAAGUCGAUGCAGAUAUCAUUUUUUCAAUGCUCAUAUAUAAACUAAAUGAAACAUACGG